GAUUGUUGGGUUAUAUGUGGCCUUCAACUUGUGAUAACAUUGUAGCUCAGCUUAGACGAAUCGAUUCCAAAAUAACCGAAAUGGAAGCCACCCAAACAACCAUGUAUUCAACGUCCAACCGCUUAGAUAUUUUUCUUCGGCACUACAACCAAUUAAUCGACAGUGGUAAAAACUACAAAACUGAAAUGCGUAACUUCGUACAUGCAAAACUCAACGAAUUCAGUAUACCGGUGGUUGGUCUGCAGGAUGACGCAUCACAGCUGGAGAAAGUAUUCCUACACGUUGCGGAUCGAAAAGAUUUCUACGAAAAGCUGCUUGCGCAACAAACGGAGGAGUACAAGGAUUUGCAGGAAGAAAAAGUGAAUCUUGAAAAAGCCAUAAUCGAGAAAGAGAGAAAUAUAAACGCAUCGAAGGGCUAUAUUAAAGAUAUGGAGGGUAAGAUAAACCAGGAACAACAGAAGAAGCAACAGCUCGAAGCUACGAUCAAUGGCAACCCUCCAGCUAUUCAAGGUUAAUAGAUGCUUCCGAAGCUCAUUCUGCUAGCUCAAUAACCUACAAC